GGAGAGGUCCAUCGUAGAGCCUUCAUCUCCUUCGACGAGUGCAGCGUCGGUUUUGUACUCUCUCUCACACAAGUUUCGCUUGGUCUCCGUUUACUCUCACUCUCAGGCUCAGGCUCAUUUCACGGGUUCUGCAAAUUGGGCGCUUGUUGUUGUUGUUGUUGUUGUUGUUGCAGUGCUUAAAUAUUUGGGGCGAUCGAUGCAAAUUUGCUGAGUUGAUCCAUCUCGCUUUGGUUCCUUCUCCCCACUCCUUUCGAAACGUGACUUUUGCAGCUGGGGGUGAUUGAAACCGAGGAGCUGAUUAGAAACAUAAAGGAGAUUUGCUGGCUAGGAAAAAGGCAGUGCAAGGACAUGGCGAGCGCGAUAGUAGACAAGGUGAAAUCGGUGAUUCAGCCGGAGGAUGAAAACGGAAAAGCAGGUCAUUGCUGCAGCGCACUGUCGAGUGGACCAGGCUAUGCGUCCCCAGAGCAAGCCCAGAAAGGACCACGCGAGAAGCUGCUUUACAUCACUGCUGUUUACACAGGAACCGGCAAGAAGAAGCCCGAUUAUCUGGCCACGGUUGAUGUGGACCCAAAUUCAAACACAUAUUCAAAGGUGAUUUACCGCACGGUGGUGGACCAUUUGGAUGACGAGAUCCACCACAGUGGCUGGAACACAUGCAGCUCUUGUCAUGGUGAUGGCGGUCAGAAGCGCCGCUACCUCGUCCUUCCAUCGCUUGUGUCAGGACGGAUCUACAUUGUAGACACGCUGAAGGACCCGCGGGCACCGCAGGUGCAUAAGACGGUGGAGCCGGAUGAGAUAUUGUCGAGAACAGGGUUGGCUUAUCCUCACACUGCCCAUUGUCUCGCAAAUGGCGAUAUCAUGGUGUCGUGCAUGGGUGACAAAGAAGGAAACUCUAAAGGCUCUGGUUUUCUGCUCCUUGACUCAAAUUUCAACGUCAAAGGAAGGUGGGAAAAGCCGGGUCAUAGCCCGCCUUUUGGUUACGAUUUCUGGUACCAACCUCGACAUAACGUGAUGAUUAGCUCCUCGUGGGGUGCGCCUAAGGCAUUCUGUAAAGGUUUCAAUCCAGCUCAUGUCGCUGAUGGUUUAUAUGGUCAGCACUUAUUUGUCUACGACUGGCCUGAGGGUACUCUAAAGCAAACUCUCGACUUGGGCAACACUGGUCUUAUUCCUCUCGAGAUUCGCUUCUUGCAUGAUCCGAGCAAGGCAGUGGGAUAUGUGGGAGCUGCCUUGAGCAGCACAAUGGUCCGUUUUUUUAAGAAAGAUGACGACACGUGGGAUACGCAGGUUGCCGUAACUGUGCCUGCAUUGAAGGUGCGAAACUGGAUAUUGCCAGAAAUGCCAGGACUCAUCACUGACUUCCUCAUUUCACUUGAUGAUCGAUUCUUGUACUUCUCCAAUUGGUUGCACGGUGACAUCCGGCAGUACAACAUUGAGGACCCCGCAAAUCCAGUUCUCACGGGUCAAGUAUGGGUCGGCGGACUAAUUCGCAAAGGUGGUAAUGUUUACGUCGAGGAGUCGGGUGAGACAUGGCAAUCAACUGUUCCUGAUGUCCAGGGGACGGAGUUGAGAGGCGGCCCGCAGAUGAUUCAGUUGAGCUUGGACGGGAAGCGAUUGUAUGUCUCAAACUCGCUCUUCAGUGCAUGGGACAAUCAGUUCUACCCGUCCAUGGUGGAGAAGGGGUCUCACAUGCUUCAGAUAGACGUGGACAAUGUGAAGGGAGGUUUAACUAUCAACUCACGGUUCUUCGUCGAUUUUGGUGCUGAGCCUGAGGGCCCUGCCCUUGCUCACGAAAUGCGCUACCCUGGAGGCGACUGCACUUCAGAUAUCUGGCUGUAGAUCGAACUGCCAACAAGUGGGGACCUGUUGUGAACUAAACAUGUAAAACUUGUGGAUUUGAAUAAUGAAUUUGGUUGAUAGUUGAGUUCUCCUCGUUGCUUCGGUUGGCAUCUAAGUGCUUUGUUUGGAGUGAAACUGUGACUCCUGUGUUGGUCUCGCACGGAAGGUGCCAUCUCUUCGAAACGGGGCAUAUGUUGAGUGUAUCUACAACAUCUUGACCCAAUGGAGUGAGAAAUGAAAAAAAGAUUUGAAAGCUUCUUUCGACAAUGA